AUGAUUGCAAAGGGCACGGUAGUGGAUAGGGUAUUCGAACACUUGGUCUUGGUGUACAAUGCUCCCUGGCCAAUAAAUAUCUGCUUGCACGAGCGCGUCUUGGCCAAGUACAAUACCGUAUUUUGCUUGAUUGGCCGUAUCAAAUACGCUAUUUGGGAACUUGAGUCUGUGUAUCAAUUUCUUCGUGAGCAUCGUAAUGAUGUGAAAUGGGCCAACCUUUUUAAAAUAUCAGCUUGGCGACACGGAAUGGAGGUGGUUAUGCGAGCGUUGGAUUCCUACAUUAGCCUUCACGCGAUUCAAUCCCAAUGGGGCGCAUUCGCAAAACAAAUCGGAGGUUCGCUGGCUGUCGAGGCAAAUGAAGAGCUUACCAAGGCGAAAAGUCUCGAUGAAGUCUGUGAAAAGCAUGAAACAUAUGUCGACCUUAUUCUUCAA